CUCGCUCGUCCGUCACAUCGGAGACCGGGGCUUAGCAGGCAUAAACUAGCUUUUGUCUUAUGGAACGUGCUGAUCAUAUUGACGGGUACCUAAUCUCCUUGGGUCCGGAUCUAUCUAUAUAGUCAACCUUGAUCUCUCGUUUCCCCUCGACUUCUCGUCUUCUUUUCCAUUCCUACAACCGAUCCGAUCCUCCUCUAUUCUUCAUCUAUCCAUUGCUUCGUAAUCCGUUGAUCUCCUUGCCUCAUCGCUCUACGCUCCCGACCUCUGUUCUCCCUUCAGUAUGAACCGCUCCGCUGGUUACCCGUAUCACCAAUCUCCCAGCUCUAGAAGCUCGUCGAGUCAUGGCACCAGUAGUGCCUUCAGUCCGAAUGCCAACCCCAACGAGGAUUGGACUAAGAUCUCAGAUCUUGCCGAACGACGCCGCAUCCAGAACCGCAUUGCUCAGCGAAACUACCGCAAGAAGCUAAAGCGCCGCUUGGAGGAUUUGGAAAAGCGGGCUGCCACCGCUUCGGUGUCCCCCGAACGGACCCUAGAGAAACCAGAAGCACCGAAGACCGUGCAUUCCACCAAGCCUCGUGCGAAGACCCAGCGCACCCCCAAAUCGACGGCCGGCGAUGCCCACAACCGCAACCCUACGGAACGAGCUGCUCCCUAUGACAGCUACUCAAGCCAGGAAGAGCGGGGGACCCUGUUCUCCCACCAGUGCACCCGCCAGCUCUCGGCGUCGCCGCCGCCGGUGUUUUCCUACCCAUCGUACUCGCACCUGGAUCCCUACGGACAGUCGGGGUACGGACAACCGCACCCUUACCACUCCAUCCCAAACUCCUACCAUGACAUGUCUAUACAUGGAGAAUACGGGACGCCGGUGCCUUCGAUCAUUCCGGUGACGAUGACCAAUGCGGGACCGACCAAGAGACAUCCAGCCUAUGCCGACGAGGACAUCAUCAGCCCGUUCAGCAUGAGCUAUGCGUCUAUGGCCGGGAUAGACUUGUGCCCGACUCCUCACCACCUUGCAGAGCCCAAUAUCCCGAUGCCACCGCUGUCACAAGUGUACAGCGACGAUCGCUCCUCGCCAUCCACACCGGCAGAGCCAUCGAUCAUGGCAUGUCCUCUCACCCCGGAAUCAGGCCCAUGCUCCCCCCAUUCGUUCCCUCCUUUGCUGUAAUGACCUGGCUACGUCCCUUGUGGAGGGCACUGCAUGUUUUGUGUUUCUACUUUUGACUGCUAUAUAUAAUGAUGAGCGAUACGAUUGUUUGUUGCAGGGACUCUUUCCCCCCUAUCUGAUUUUCCUUUCCUUUCUCCUCUAUUCCUACGUGAUUGAACCCUACUCCGCUCCGGGGGGUUAUCUUGUUUCUUUUGUGACUGUUUUCAAUAGCCAUUGUGUAAAACACGGCUAGCGGGGGUUAUGGACGGGCGAAUUUGGACGAGACCGAUAGAAGCAUUCUUCUCACGGGCGUUGAUUUUUUUUUUUGGCAGUGGUUGGCGGAG